AUGAACAGCCCAAGUCUGAAUAGCUCCUUGAAUGGUGGCCAGGCAACAAACUCGCCAUCAAAACAAUCCGCAUCGUUUGCAUGCGUGGUCUGUCACAAUCGAAAGGUCAAAUGCGAUAGACAAGAUCCCAGUACCCCCUGUUCAAAUUGCGCAAAGGCAAAUGUGGAAUGUAUCUACCGUGCUCCACCAGCGCCUCGUCGCAAGAGGGACCGGGAAACCAAUGAAAGUGUAUCUCGAGAACGCGAAAAAUGUUCUAGACGCAGCACGACAUUUGAUGGAAACACCUCUGCCACUCAGAAUCGAAAUGCUGGAGACAAGCAACAAACUGAAACAAGAAAAAGUGGAUCUGGGCGGAUGAUCAUGAAAGGUGGCAAUUCCAUCUAUCUCGACAACAAUCUUUGGACGACUGUCAGCAAUGAACUCCCAAAUGCAGCAGAUGUACUGGGCGAUAGAUCGGAUAGUGAUACCGGUGAUACCGAUAACUUUGGCCAGGAUGUAAGCGACGAUUAUGUGAUACUCUCGACAUCUGCAUCAAGAGAUGUUCUCACAAAGCUCCACCCGAACUCUCUGAAUAUCUUCAAGUUGUGGCAGGCAUUUCUCGAGAAUGUGAACCCUCUGACCAAGAUUAUACAUGCUCCAACCGUGCAACAACAGAUUUUGGAAGCCAUGAGUGAUCUGCCAAAAGUAAGCCGGGAAUUCGAGGCAUUGAUGUUCGCAAUAUACUGCAUAGCUUUGGUUUCCAUGCAAGCAGAAGAUGUCGAAAAAUCAUUUGGAGAAAGCAGGAAAACUCUCCUAUCAAAGUGCAGACGAGGAGCCCAACUCGCUUUCAAGAAUGCAUUGCUUCUUCGUACAUCAAGCUCAGUUGUUCUCCAAGCGUUUAUGCUAUACCUCCUCUGCAUGCGUUCCUUCUCUGACCCUCAUACUAUUUGGACAUUAUGUGGCAUUGCCGUAAGAAUCGCUCAACGAAUUGGAAUUCACCGUGACGGGUCUGCACAUGGACUUUCGGUAUUCGAGACUGAGAUGCGACGUCGCAUUUGGUUCCAGCUCAUGAUCAUAGACGCCACAUCUGCGCAGUUCUGUGGUGUUGCACCAACGCCGCUCCCAGCCACAAUUGAUGUCCAACCACCAAUGAAUGCAAACGAUAGCGACCUCGAUCCUCGCAUGACCGAGCCAGCCUGCGAAAAGCCGGGGCCGACAGAAAUGAUGUUCGUGCUGGCUCGCAGUGCAUUCGGAACAUGGCUCUCUCGUUUGUCAAACCAAAUUGAUGCGUCCAAUACUGGGCCAUGGGCUUUUUUAUCAUCAUCGGCGAUGCCCUUGAAGGAAAAGGACAAGACCAUCAAUGAACUUGAAGCACAUUUGGAUGAGAAGUUCCUCCGGCACUGCGAUCAAUCCAUCCCGCUGCACAUGGCAACGACAAUGAUGGUGCGUUCGGCUAUGUACUAUACCCGGAUGAUGGCACACCAUCCUCGUCAAUACCAGGAUCCUAGUAUUCGGAUCUCCGAAGCAGAGAGAAACGUCAUCUUCGAGAAUUCCCUCAAGAUGACGGAAUAUGCUGACUACGCCCAGAACAAUCAAGUCGUACGGAAAUUCAUGUGGCACAUGGUGAACCAUAUGCCGUGGGACGCUAUAAUAUUUAUGCUCUCGGAGAUGCAGCACCGGACUGAUUCCAAAGAGAAAAGUAAAGUCUGGCAAUUGAUUGGAAAUGUGUAUUCUGGGCAUAUCAAGGCGAUGAGCAAGAAUGGCCCGACACCUCUUCACAUGGCUAUUCAAAACUUGAUUGUCAAGACCUGGCGGACUUAUAUUGAAGAAUGUAACCUCAAUCAUUGCACACCAACCCCAUGUCCAGCUAUCGUUGCAUCAUUGUUAGCUAAUGCAGCAGGAGUCUCUGGCCCGCAAGAGGAAGAUGAGAACUUCCCACCUGUUGACCGCGGUGCUAUUCCACAAGAUCAACCUAGGCAGGAAUAUGCUAUUUCACAGUUUGGGGUGGAGGCCGAAAACUUUGGAUUAAUGCUUGGUGAUAGUCCGAAGGAUUGGAAUGAAUGGGACAAUCUCCUCAGUAAUUUCCAAUCAUCUUUUACAGACGAUUCAAUUUAUCUGUCGUGA